AUGGAUUUUUCAGAAUUUGGAGUUUCUAGCAAGGAAUGGCUUGCCUUCAUUGCCGAAAAUCCAGCAGCAGCGCAAGAUGGGCUCAACGGCAACGAUCCUCUCCAAGCAUUAGAAUUACGAGAUGCCACCAAUGCCACUCGAGAGAUCGCGUCCGCAAAAUUGGUCGAUGAAUCUGGGCUCCGCGAAAAAGUUAAUAUAUCGACGCUAUACAUUAAUUCUCGCGGCAGUCAUUCAAUCCCGUUGCGCCGGUACAUGCCUCGCAGCCUGAAAAGAGAAAGUUCGCUGCCAGCGAUAAUCUACUUCCAUGGAGGAGGCUUUUUAUUUGGAUCGGAGUCAACGGAUGAUUUUCUUUGUGCUAACAUAGCGGCAUCUUUGGGGGUGAUAGUGCUGAGCGUUAUCUACCGACACACGCCAGAAUUUCAGCACCCCGCGCAGCAUGAAGAUGCGUGGGAUGCCAUGGUAUACAUUGAAGGGCAUAUGGAAGCUUUCAAUAUUGACGAGAAUGUUGGGUUGGGCGUUCUUGGUAUCUCAGCAGGCUCGGGUCUGGCAGCCGGUGUGGUGUUUCGGGAUCUUGAAGCCUCUAGAGCGCAGCCUGACCGUGAGCCGAUGAUCAAAUCGGCGGUGCUGGGCAUCCCAUGGCUGAUACAUGUAGACAACUAUCCGUUCCAUUUAUUUUCCUCACCAGAGAUUACAGCCAAGGUCCAGUGCCGUGAUGCGCCUGUCAUUCCGCGGGAUAGGCUCAAGAUGUUCAGUGAUAUUCUUUCGGCUAAGAAUCCAAGCGACGCGCUUUUGAACAUUGCAACUUUGCCCGACGAGCUUCUACGUGGGUGGCCAAGAACUGGAUUCUUCGUGGCCGGUAUGGAUCCACUCAGAGAUGAUGGGCUUCUAUUUGCCAAAAAGCUAGAGUUGUUACGCACCCCAACGGCCGUUCAUUUGUUCCCAGGCUUGCCACAUGGGUUCCGACGGUGGCCAGAUCUCCUAGCUUGCAAAGCAUUUGACUCACGCAUGAUGGAUUAUCUGCGGGGAGCAAUGGAGCUGGAAUCCGAGGCAGAGAUUGAUGGCCAUGGCCUGGGCAAUACUGUGGGCUGGCAUGUAUAUGAGGGACAAGAUGGAAUAAUUACAACGAAUAGAUUUUGA